AUGCGUUGCGGCUUAGCGUGCCUUUACGAACGACGAAACGUACGAAAAGAUCUAGCACGUUGGUCUCGAUCAACUUUGCUAGCCACAGAUUUGGGACUAUCUGAUUUCGUUCUUGACGAACAGUGCCUGUUCUGCGAUAGACAACGACGAGAAGUCACAGCGGAUUUCAUUGAAAAAAGGGUUUUAAUGUGCGACUCGGACUCUGGUGUGUGUUCGUCGGCCUCGCCACCGACUUCACCUCGAGCUUCACGAUCAGUUCCGUCAGCGUCAACAGAUGCGACGGUUCUCGGAAUGUCAACUUUGUAUGAACGAGCGCGAGAUGCUAUUAUGAGAAUGCAAACUGCGCAGCAAUCUGCUGUUGGUGUCACCCAACGUCGCCCAACAAAAGCGCUCGUUCGAUCGGCCCCACAGAACUGCACGAUCGAAAUGAUGUCACAAAUGCAAAUGCUCGGACUAUUUGGCAUCGGAUCUAAUGUGACCCCAGAAAUGCAUAGGAUUAUAUUUGAGAACCAGCUGGCAAUGGCGAAUCCUUUUCUGGCAGGUACUUUGUGGACUCUGCCCACACAACCUUUUCAAGCUCAACUUCAACUUCUUACACCGAGUUAUAUUAAUGAACCAGCAGCUGCUGAAGCUUGUCCACGUGAAGAGCAACCUUUGGAUUUGAGUAGGAAAUCGGGACUCGAAGCAAUCAUCGACAUUGAAACUGCCAAUUACAGUCAAAAGCAGAAAAAACUUCAACAACAUCAACAGCCAAACUUUGGUGGCACUGAGAAGGAGCAGACUGGCUCAGAUGAACUGAUCAGGAAUGGUUACGGUAUCAAGCGUAAUUACAGCCAAGUUGAUUUAACUGCUGCAGUUAAUGAUAUACGUUGUGGACGGUUGGGGACAAGGAGAGCAUCAGUUGUUUAUGGAAUACCACGAUCAACUCUCAGAAACAAAAUAUACAAACUGGAGGCAGCUGAGGAGCUAACUGGACAAAUCCCAUUGAGUAAAAGGAGGCGACCCGGAGGGCAGAGCAAUGCCGAAAAGAAACUAGCUGAACAAGUGGAAAGACAAAAGAAGGCUACCACACCUGUUACCGAGUGUUCUUCAAUUUCACCGAGUAGUGAUGGAACUGAGGAAGAGAAAAUAGAGAAUUCUGAAAGCCGCUGGGAAUGCGAUUGGACAACUAACCUGUGGCAGAGUCUUUUUAGUCAAACUGCGGCAUUAACUGCGAACAUUACGGGACCAAGCUCUAAGGAGGACAUGAAAAAGGAAGAGCUCUCAGAGUGGAAGAAAAGCCGACCAAAGCGAGGACAAUACAGGAAAUAUGACAAAAAUGCACUGGAUGAGGCUGUUCGUAGCGUUCGUCGAGGUGAGAUGAGUGUUCACAGAGCUGGAAGCUAUUACGGCGUCCCUCAUUCAACUCUGGAAUAUAAGGUCAAAGAAAGAAACCUCCUGCGUAAGAAAAAGGACUCUCCACCGGCCAAAGAAAUCUCUCCUAUGCAGGAACCAAUCACUUCACUGGAUAUGUCUAAAAAGGCAGCAAGUCCAGCAAUUGUUGUAUAG